AUGGCGCCGAUAGAGGACGGCAACAGUAACGCUCCACGGCAAAAGCGAUGGGCUACCAAAGUCAAGACGGGUUGUUUAACAUGCAGACGGCGUCGUGUCAAGUGUGAUGAGGCAAAGCCCUUCUGUCUCAAUUGCACAAAACGCAAUCUCCAUUGCGCUGGCUAUCAGGUAUUAGACAAGGGCAAGAAUGCGCGAAGCAUCGCCGCAGCCACAGCGCCGCUCUGCAAGCAGCGGGUGAAACUACCGAAUGAAGAGCUGACAGCAUUGAAUGAUGUUGUUACUUUAUUUAACCUAAUGCCACAUUUCCUAUUGUCAGAGGCAAAAGGAGAGCGGGAAUUUACGCUUCGAGCGCCGAUGCGAUACACAACAGCGCUCUAUCUUGCCGUAUUGCCAAGUCGCGCUGGCCAUAACCCUGUCGUGGAUACUGCAGUUACUGCUCUAUCUGCUGCUGCACGACUCUACUACGAUACCACUAUAAGAGAAGACAUGUCUCUAGAGCAGAUUGCAGAACGCGACGACUAUGACAGGGUUCUAUGCCUCUAUAACCGUGCGCUUCACUAUCUUCGCGAAGCGCUGAAUGACCCCGAAGAAUCUGUAAGCUCAGACGCGCUAUGUGCAACAGAGCUUCUGUGCUGUUUUGAAUCGUUCAACCUCAACAGCCCGCCUGAGAUUCAGGUUCAACACUUGAUGGGGAGCGCAGAGUUGAUACAACACAGAGGUCCUGCACGAUUUAGUUCCGGAUUUGACUUGAUAUUGCUGCGGACGCAAAUACCGUACUUGAUGUUUAGCGCCUUUUACACAAACACGCCGUCGUUUUUAAACCGGCCAGAAUGGACAGCGGCAUUGAAAACCGUGGCCCGUCUUAGUCCAGAUAUUGACCGGCACCUGGUGUAUUUUAUGAUUCUAGCGGGCCAGAUAUUCAGCGUCCUGCUCUCCAUCAACGAAUAUAUGAGUCAGAUAGAUCGCUCGACUCCCGAGGCCAUGGAGCAGAGAAAGCAGCUCCUCGACGAUAUUACCAAGCAUGGCAACACUUUUGCCAGUUGGGCGCGAGCGGCACAGAUAAAGGUACAGCAGGCGCUGAUUGCAUUCGAAGCAACUCACAAAGAUACACGACACAACCUCUACAGCCAGAGCACGAUUGCAACGGCCACCCAGUUCUACGGAGCAUCGAUCGCCGUGCUUCUCCUUCAGAAUAGGCUGCGCAUAGCACUGGGCUGUAGCAAUGCGCGCGAGCGUGAAGAGGAAUCGCAAGACUUGGCGAACAAGUUACGGGAGCGAGUUAUGGCGGAUGAACGACUCGGGCGAAAGGUACCAACUUUCCAGAUUGCCGCGUUCAACGCGGUGCUCGCGUCCAAGGACCAAUGGAUGCAGUAUGCUGACCGUGUUGGGCACAUGGACGAGAAUCAAGACCGAGCCAUUGCCCCAGAGUUGUACUUUACGUGGCUACAGUCGGUUGGAGUUCGAAGCGACAUAAGAAGUGUAGUGCAGAAGCUGUCAGUCAUGUUGCCCGUCAAGUCGACGAGAGUAUAUAUCCCAUGA